GCCUGCGCAGCCGCAAAGGGAGGCGGGAGGAAGCGGGUGCGUUUUCCUCUUAGGCGGCGCCAUUUUGUGCCCGAAGCCCUCCGGCUGUGGGCUGUGUGUGUGCAUGAGGUUUCUGUGCGGGCGGCGAGGUCGCGGAAGCGAGGAUGGCGGAACCUGUGACCGGGUCGGGCGACCCCGGCUCUGGUCCCGUCGCCUCAGAAACCGGAACGCGGCGGCUCAGCGACCUGCGGGUGAUCGACCUGCGGGCGGAGCUGAAGAAGCGGAACCUGGAUACGGGCGGCAACAAGAGCGUGCUGAUGGAGCGGCUCAAGAAGGCAGUUAAGGAGGAAGGACAAGAGCAGGAGACGGGCAUCAGCUGGGCAGCUGCAAGCAAGAAGGCCGUAAAAAGAAGCGCCAAAGGACUCAAGAUGGAGGAGGAGGGAAGCGAGGACAACGGCCUGGAAGAAGAUUCCAGAGAUGGGCAGGAGGACGGGGUUGUGACUCUGCAGAGCUCAAAGGACAGGGACAGCAUGGACACAGGUGUGCCAGAUGGGACGGAGGCUGAGGACCUCAGUGAGCCCUGCCUGGGGGAGGGCAACACCAACGACAGCGUUCUUCAUGUCUUCAGUGACAGUAAAGAGUACGUGGCCGCGCAGCUGGGACAGCUUCCAGCUCAACUCCUGGAGCAUGCUGUGAAUGAGAAUGUCUUUAAGACUCUGGAAGCUUCUGUGUCAGACUUCAAAGCAACUUUGGCUGUUGAAGGAGCCCCCUUGGAACCAGAAAAUGAGAAAAUACUCGACAUUUUGGGGGAAACUUGUAAAUCUGAGCCAGUAAAAGAAGAAGGUUCGGAGCUGGAGCAGCCCUUUGCCCAGGCCACGAGUAGCGUGGGGCCAGACAGGAAGCUGGCGGAGGAAGAGGACCUAUUUGAGAGCUGCGGCCACCCGGAAGAGGAAGAAGAGGAAGAGCAGGAAGAGGAGCAAGAGGAAGAGGGAGAUUUAGCUUUGGUCCGCAACAGCGAGCCUGAGUCUCCGAGCACUCGGUGUCAGUGGAGCGAGGCAGACGCCCCGUUAGCAGUAGUGAAAAGGGACCUGGUGAAGGUGACGAACCAAGGUGCCAAGCACAGGUGGAGGUGCAAGGAGGCUCGACUGCGCCGGGCGCCUGCAAAGCUGGCAGGCGGAGGCCCCGGGAUGGACCGUGAACCUGUAGGGCUAGAGGAGCCAGUUGAGCAGGGUAGUACAGCUGCCCAGCUCGAGGAGGCCACCAGCCAGGAGCUGGUGAGAGCGCCCACAGCACCCCUGAGCCCUGAACCCCAAGAUAGCAAAGACGACGUGAAGAAGUUUGCUUUUGACGCUUGUAAUGACGUCCCUGCAGCUCCUAAAGAGUCCUCAGCCAGUGAGGGCGCUGAUCAGAAAAUGAGCUCUGUUAAGGAAGAACAGGAUAUAAAGCCAGUCAUUAAAGACGAGAAAGGCCAUGCCAGCUGUACCUCGGGAAGGAACCUGUGGGUCAGCGGGCUGUCCUCCAGCACACGUGCUGCUGACCUCAAGAGCCUCUUCAGCAAGCACGGGAAGGUCGUCGGGGCCAAGGUGGUCACCAACGCCCGAAGUCCUGGGGCUCGGUGCUAUGGAUUUGUGACCAUGUCCAUGUCAGAUGAGGCUACCAAAUGCAUCAGCCACUUGCACAGAACGGAACUGCACGGAAGGAUGAUCUCCGUGGAGAAGGCUAAAAACGAGCCCUCCGGGAAGAAGUCGGCAGACAGGAGAGCUUGUGACCUGAAGGAGAAGGUGCCAGGGCUGGACAGGCCUCACCCUGUGGAGAUCAAGACGGAGAAAACUGUGAUCAAGAAGGAAGAGAAGCUGGAAAGAAAGGAGGAAAAAAGGCCGGAAGACAUCAAGAAGGAGAAGGAUCAAGAUGAGCUCACACCGGGAGCUGCCAGUCGGUCUCGAGUCGCCAAACCCGGAAGCAGAGGCACGGAGCGCACAGUCGUGAUGGACAAGUCCAAGGGUGAGCCCGUCAUCAGCGUGAAGGCUGCAAGCAGGUCAAAGGACAGAAGCUCUAAAAGUCAAGACCGCAAGUCGGAGGGUCGGGAGAAGAGAGACAUCCUGUCAUUCGAUAAGAUCAAGGAACAGAGGGAACGCGAGCGCCAGAGGCAGCGGGAACGAGAGAUCCGGGAGACAGAGCGGCGACGGGAGCGGGAGCAGCGCGAGCGGGAGCAGCGGCUGGACGCCUUCCAGGAACGGCGAGAGAAGGCGCGAGUGCAGAGGGAACGGAUACAGCUCCAGUGCCAGCGGCAGCGGCUGGAGCGGGAGCGACUGGAGAGGGAGCGACUGGAGCGGGAGCGCAUGCGUGUGGAGCGUGAAAGGCGCAAGGAGCAGCAGCGCAUUAUGCGUGAGCGUGAGGAGCUGCGGAGGCAGCAAGAGCAGCUGCGGGCUGAGCAGGAGCGUCGGGCACUGCGCAGACCCUAUGACCUGGAUGCCCGCAGGAGAGAGGACAGCUACUGGCCUGAAGGGAAGCGUGCAGCCAUGGAGGACAGGUACCGAGACUUCCCACGGCCGGAUCACCGCUUCCAUGACUUCGACCACCGGGAGCAUGGCCACUACCAGGAACAUGCCAUAAGCAGGUCAGCUGCUCCCCUGGGUCACCAGGUGUGUGACGGGAGAGAGGGGCCCAGACCAGGGAUGGAGGAGCGUCAUGAGCAGCACUACCUAGAUGAGCACCACAGCCGUGGCGGCUCCCUCGAGUACCAUGGUUGGGACUCCCGAGACAGCUGGCGUGGCUACGGUUCUGACAAGAAGGUGAAUGAAGGCCAAGGGCUGCCCCCUCCCCCCAGGGUCGGCAGAGAAUGGGAAGAGCACAACUCACGGCUGGAGGAGCAGCGGCUUCCCGCCUGGCACAGCGCUGUGGACGCAAACGCGACGGGCCAUGAGCACAUACGCUGGCGAGGUACCAGGGGGCUGCAAGGGGCAGGUGAGCGCCAGGUCGACAGUGCAGGCAGAGUCCACAGAGCCGUCUCUACUGCAGGUGCUGAGCGGGGCCUUGCAGGGCCUGGGCAUGUGCACGUGCCAGCAGCCCGAGGUGGCGUGGCUGGGCAAAGCAGCUUUGCACACGGUGGACAUUCCCAGGGCCAUGUGGUGCCCGCUGCUGGACUAGAAGGUGGCGGCGUGACCAGCCAGGACCAGGGUGGCAGAGCCCUGCACCCCCACCUUCACCCCCACUUGAGCCGUCGCUACUGAGCCCUGCUCUGGACCAAACCCUGCUGCUGCAGUCUAGGCAGAGGCUGUGCCCAAGCCUGCUUGCACUGCGGCACCGCCGGCAGUUGCAGGUUCUGCCGGGUGUCGACGUGAACUCACUCUUACUAGUGUUUUUAAUAAACACGGAACUGUUGUGCCGUU